GCGCUGGCCAAAAGAAGAGGUUCGCGAGCGGCGGGCGCUGGGUCCCGACGGAAGCCGCAGCCGGAGCUUGGUUCCCCUCCAAUGUCGUGGGCUGUGCUCGCCCGGGCGCUCCUGCUGGCCGUCCUCCUGCUACUGGACGCCGGACGCCGCGGGCAUGCCGCCUCCCACGACAGGCAGUCUCCAGUGGCCGAGCUCACCUGGUGGCGGCAAGUGGCCGAGGAGCCCAGCGUCAAGAACAGCGGCUCGGCAACGCCGCGGUCAGGAGGGAGCAGCAAGCAGCCCUCCUCCAGCGGCGGCAACGAUGGCGUCAUGGCCGUGGCCGAGGUCGGCAAGCCGGGCAAGAUCGUGCUGCUCUCGCCUGGACAGCUGCUCAACGACACCGGCGCGUACCGCGUGUCCGGCGACGAGCGCGUCCGCAAGGCGGCAGGGUUUGAGAUCGCCUACGACUACUACUUCAAGCCUCAAGACCCGAGCGUGCCGAACAACAACUUCAAGAGCAUGACCAAGAAGUCGAUGCCGCUGAUCCUGGCCACGUCCUUCCUCAUCAUCCUGAUCGUGUGCAUCGCGGUCUGCAUCAGCGGCAUCUGCUGGGAGCGCACGCGAAGGCUGGUCGCGUCGCGCAUAUCGCCGGGCGGUCCCGUGGAACCGCCCGAGCUGACGCCGCGGAACGCGGCCGCGGGCGACUCGGGAAUCUCUGCCUACGGCAACGACAAGUACAUGAUUUGAUUGACGCCGGCACCGACAUCGCAGCAGCAAAUACGUCACCGUCAUCGCCUACGGGGAAGAAAAAAAAAGACCUUAGUUCCCCGCUAGGCUCCGUCCCCGCAGAAACGCCUUCGAAGGAGCAAGAUGCACACGAAGCGUUCGUUCAUUUAAUAAAACGACGGAGCCAAGAAAAAAGAACAGAAACUUCGCAGAA